AUGGCUGUCGCAGAUGUGCCAUCGCAGACAACUGUGGCCAAAGAGGAUAUGAAGGAUCAAGCUCCUUCCUCUGUGGUGAAUGAGCUCACCUCGGCCUUGGCUCUGGAAGCAUCAGAGAAAGGUGGUGACUUCACCCAGCACUGGCUGGUGUCCCGUGACAAGGGCGCCACCAGGACACGAGAAAAUUAUCCUGCCAUUUGGCGUGAGCUAGCUUCGGCACCCUCUCCUGAAACCCUUCUGAAGGAUGUCUUGCCCCGCUUGCGAGCAUGGACACUGGCCUUGGCAGAGUGUCGUUUCCGCAGCAUCCGCCACUGCGCCACUGUGGCAGGGCUGGGACUAGUGGACGGCUUGCAACAGCAGUGCAACGAGAUCCAGGGCUUUUGUGACACCGCAGAACGACGUUUGGCCGAGACUGAGGUGGAUACGACGCGAGCACAAAUUUCAAAAGAAUUGAAGCGCCAAAGGCAGCUGCUGAAGAAUCUGCUGGAUGCACGAGAUAGUUUUGCUGCUACUCUCUUGAGCCGUCGGUGCAAGGAUGUCGAUGCCGACAUUCGUUACAGCUGCAUCGAAGCGCUGAAUCGGUGGGCACAGCUUCGUGGUGAGGCGUCGUGGAAGCAGUACCUCCACUUUGCAAUCAAUGACGACGAAGCCAAGGUACGGGCUGCAGCUUUGCUCGCCCUGCAGCCAUUGUUCCGAAGUGAUGAUGGACCGCUGAGUACAGAGGUAAAAUCCUUGGCUGAAGACCUUCGCCCACGCAUUUUGGAGCGUUGCCACGACAUCGAUGCCUCUGUGAGUGCUGCUGCGCUGCGCUGCGCCUGCGACUUGGCCAAGGCUGAGGUCCUCAAGGAGGAGGACUACGGCCGCAUCACCGACCUUGUUUGGGACCCAGAGGCACUGCGCCGUGACGCAGCCUGCGUGUUUGUGAGCCGCUUUAUUCUGCAGGAGGAUAUCUUUGACCAGCCAAACGGAACAGCUGACGGCUCAGCUGCCAAAAGGCAUUUGCAGAUGCUGCUGGAUUUCCUCGUCGAAUUUGUCAAGCCCCACUUCGAGUUGACUGAGCGGCUCGUUGCCGCACUCUGGCGCAAGGCAUCGUGCUUGGAGGAUUGGGAUGCCAUGACCAGCCUUUUGCUUGGUGAUGGGGAACUUGCUGCGGAUCAACAUUUGGCCAUAGCCUUCCUGGCAGAGGCAACUGUUCGCGUGGCCUUUGAUGACUGGUUGGCCAACAACACUAUGGAAGCUGAGGCACUGCUGCAGCGCGCGGCUCGUGCCUUGUGCCCUCGAUUGCCUACCCUGCUGAGCACCUUCCAGUCUGAGAAGGCAGCUAUGUUGCGUACUGCAUCCUUGUGCAACUACUUGUUGAGAUUCUGCGCUCAAAGUCCUCCAGGCCCAACUGGUGGAUUGCUGGCCGGAAGCGCGGGAGAGCCAGUGGCGCGAGCCUUGCGCAGCCUAUUCCUGCGACAGACAGAUUUGGAGGCCCUGGAACACUUGGCCUUGGCUUGGGCUCAUCUACUUGAGCUCUGCAGCGGAGCCAGGCCCGUGUUGCACGAUUUGGUGAAAUCUCUCUACGACACGUUCCUGCAGCUGGCACCGUUGGUCGGGAAACCUUCUCAAGGAGAGAUCGAGGCAGAGGUACCCAUGCCAGACACCUUACUGGCCACAGCUCAGCGACUUCGCAUCCUUGCGAAGGCUUAUGAUGUUUCUUUGUGUGAUGUGGAAGGCUUUGUGUCAACCGCUUUGAGCGUGGUUGAUGAGCGUGUCCAAACAGGGACAGUGGAACAAGAGCUGACAGUCACUCUGCUGGAACUCCUGGCCCUGAUCUCUGUGCGCCACGCCGGCCAGCUGAUGCAGCCACCCUUGCCAGCAGUGGCAGCAGAUGUUCGGGACGAGCAUCAGCUGCAGCAGGCGAGCACAGCAGCCGAAGAUCUAUUGGAACUUGCAACAGGCUUCCUGACCAAAGAUGAGGACCAUCGACUGAAGAGCGCUGCCUUUGGGGUUGCCCUGUGCACCUUGAGCGCCUGGUGGAACGCCGCCCACUUUGGAAAGACCGAAGAGGUGAAGCCUUGGUUCUGCCAGCUGCCAGAUGCUCUUCAGGAUGCUUUGGCCAACCACUUGGGGAAGUUGUUAGCGGAGGCCAAUCAGGUGCCUACCGAAAGUGUUCUGGUGUCUGGGAUGCCAGAGCCUGGGGACCUCCUCAAGAGCUCUGCAUUUUCCCAUCUAUUUGUUCUGUUGCAGAAGGGCGUGGCAUCGACAGAGUCUGUUCCUUCCGACGCCGAACGCAUUAAGACGGCACGGCUUUGCUGUUUGAUGGUGGCUACCUGUCGACAUGCGCAGGUCGCAGCCGGAAGCCUACCUUCUGUGGUCCUCUCCCAAGCACGCUCUCGCCGCAAGGAUCUGCAGCAGGUGGCUUGGACCCUUUUGCGUCGGCUGCGCAAAGAAGCCCAUGUGGGUCCCACACAAGCCGAGGACUUUUUCACAACGUUGCUUGCAGCUGUGAAGUUCUUGCACAAGGACCAAGGCACUGCCAUUGCCAAAGAUCUUUCCUUCAGGCUGCUGCAACACGUGGGUGUGGGAAAGCUGACCCCUCCGUUGCAAAAAGCGCUCCUCAACACCCUGCGCCGUGGGGUGGUGAACGCUGCUGCUGGAAGCGCCGCUGGCUUCUUGGAGGCCUUGACUCCGUGGAUCACGAAGCAUGUGGUAGAAGACAUUCUGAUCGACAACCUGGCAUCAUGGGCAAAGGAGCAGUCCAAUCAGGCCGGAACUUGGGUUUGCGACCAUGCAUUGAAUUUCUUGCCCUCUUCAAUCAAAGAAUUCUUGGAGACAUUUGAUUACAACUCAGACUUGACUUUAUGA